UACCUGCUGCCGGCGCGCAAGAUGGCUGAGGGCCAGGAAUUGAAGGACAAGAGUCGCCUGCGCUACCCCAUCAACGGCUUCCAGGCCCUGGUGGUGACAGCCCUGCUGGUGGGCCUGGGGGUGUCGGCUGGGCUGCCCCUGGGAAUGCUCACGGAAAUGCUCCUGCCCUUGGCGUGGGUGGCCACCCUCACGGCCUUCAUCUUCAGCCUCCUCCUCUAUCUGAAGGCGCUAAUGGCCCCAGCCUCCGCCCUGGCACCCGGAGGGAACUCAGGCAAUCCCCUUUACGACUUUUUCUUGGGACGGGAGCUCAACCCGCGCUUCGGUUCCUUUGACUGCAAAUACUUCUGCGAACUGCGGCCUGGCCUCAUCGGCUGGGUCCUCAUCAACCUGGCUCUGCUGGUUCAGGAAGCAGAACUUCGGGGGAGUCCCUCCGUGGCCAUGUGGCUGGUCAAUGGCUUCCAGUUACUCUAUGUGGGUGAUGCCCUCUGGCACGAGGAAGCUGUACUCACCACCAUGGACAUCACACACGACGGGUUUGGCUUCAUGCUGGCCUUUGGGGACCUCGCCUGGGUACCCUUCACCUACAGCCUGCAGGCCCAGUUCCUGCUGCACCACCCACAGCCCCUGGAGUUACCCACGGCCUCAGUCAUCUGCCUUGUCAAUGCUGUCGGUUACUACAUCUUCCGUGGAGCCAACUCCCAGAAAAACACCUUCCGAAAGAACCCUUCUGAUCCCAGAGUGGCCGGCCUUGAGACCAUCUCUACAGCCACGGGGAGGCAGCUGCUAGUGUCUGGGUGGUGGGGUAUGGUCCGCCAUCCCAACUAUCUGGGAGACCUCAUUAUGGCUCUGGCCUGGUCCUUGCCCUGUGGGGUGUCCCACCUGCUGCCUUACUUCUACCUCCUCUACUUCACUGCGCUGCUGGUGCACCGUGAGGCCCGGGACGAGCAGCAGUGCCUGCAAAAGUACGGCCUGGCCUGGCAUGAAUAUUGCCGGCGUGUGCCCUACCGAAUUGUGCCUUAUAUCUACUGAAGUGGCUCCACCCACCCAAGGUCGGAGCCCGUACCCACCCAUCUGCCAGCACACCCUGCAACAGGAGCCUGGACCGUCUAGGACUCAAAAGCCUACACCCAGUCCUGCCGAGCUCCAACAGGCAGGGAUGACAGCCUCAGAGCAAGGAGAAAAUGAAGGCAGUGGCCAAAAACGGAGUGGAGGUUGCUCUUCCUUCUUGGAUAAACAUCUGGAACCCUU